CGGAGCGGCGGGGGCCGGGCCGGCUCUCAUCCCCCCCCCGCAUCCCCCCCGCCCGGCUCCGCCUCGCCGAGGGAGCGGGGAGCUGCCGGGCUGCCCGGCGAGCCCCGGGAACCGGCGAGCCCCGGAGCCGCCGCCGCGACCUGCCCGGCCCCGCCGGGGCUCCGCCGCCGAUGGCAUCGCGCUGCCGCCGCCAAGGUUUCUUACAGACUGAGUUCUUCUGGACCAGCCUCAGAGAUAUCUCGGGACAAACCCUUCACCCUGGAAAGGUGCAAACACCAUAUGCCUGCUUGUCCUUUCCUCGAGAUGAAGAUCCCCAGAAAAGCGAUGCCGGUGUGGGAAGAUGUUGGGGAAGAAGGCGCUGACCGGGUGCUCUGAAGCUCCGGGGUUCGCUGCCCACGGGCUCAGCAGAAUGGUGCCAGCCAGCCCAGUGCCCCCCGCACCCGUGGUGGUGCCGACGUGACCGGGACCCCGCCGCACCGAGCCCGGCACGCCGAGCGCAGCGGCUCGCGGCCCCUGCCCCGGGGCCUGCCGCCCGAAGAUGAGCGAUGGCGGGUGGAUCUCGCUCAGCCCCACCGAGUUUGCCCAGCUCCAGCAGUACACAGACUACUCCACCAAGAAACUCAAGGAUGUCCUGGAGGAGUUCCACGGGGACGGCGUCCUCUCGAGGUACAACCCCGAACAGCCCAUCGACUACGAGGGCUUUCGCCUCUUCAUGAAGACCUACCUGGAGGCGGACGUGCCCGAGGAGCUCUGCAAACACCUUUUCACCUCCUUCAAGCGUAAGAUAUGCCAAGGCUCCCCCGAGACGCAGCGCCAGAGCCCCGGCAUCUCGCAGCUCAACACCCUCGGGAUCAACGGGAAAACGCUCCUCAGCGCCCUGGGACGACACACUCCUGAGCCCAAGAGCUGCCACAACAACGCGGCUGAGCCACAGCCAGCAUCCCUCACGCCAGCAUCGAUCCCCAAUGCCUCCCCGAGCUGGUCCAGGUCAUCCUCCCAGAAAUCCACCACCGGCACCCCUUCUGCUCACAACUCCUCAGGCUCUUCGAAAAUCUCCUCCGGGUCCCUUCUCAGCCCUCAGUCACCAGGCACGAGGAGCGCGGAGAAGAGGUUACCCUUCAGCCUGCGGAAGAGCCACAGCUCCCUGAAAGCCACCCCCCCGCCGCCCCCCACCCCCCUGGCCCAGGUGGUGCACCUGAAGGACAUCGUCUGCUACCUGUCCUUGCUGGAGAGGGGACGGGCAGAGGACAAGCUGGAGUUUAUGUUUCGCCUCUACGAUACUGAUGGAAACGGCCUCCUGGACAGCUCGGAGCUGGAUCGUAUCAUCAACCAGAUGGUGCACGUGGCCGAGUACCUGGAGUGGGACUCCACCGAGCUGAAGCCCAUCCUGAAGGCGAUGAUGGAGGAGAUCGACUACGACCAUGAUGGGACCGUGACGCUGGAGGAGUGGAUCCGGGGUGGCAUGACCACCAUCCCUUUGCUGGUCCUCCUGGGGAUGGAGACGAACGUGAAGGAUGACGGGCAGCAUGCCUGGAGGUUGAAGCACUUCAAGAAACCUGCCUACUGCAACUUCUGCCGCACCAUGCUGCUGGGGGUCCGCAAGCAGGGCCUCUGCUGCUCCUUCUGCAAGUACACCGUCCACGAGAGGUGCGUGUCCAAAGAUAUCGCCUCCUGCAUCAGCACCUACGUGAAAUCCAAGAGAAACACAAGUGUGAUGCAGCACACCUGGAUCGAGGGCAAUUCCCCUGUCAAGUGCGACAGAUGCCACAAGAGCAUCAAGUGCUACCAGGGCAUCACCGGCCUCCACUGCGUCUGGUGCCAAGUCACCCUCCACAACAAAUGUGCCUCCCACGUGAAGCCGGAGUGCGACGGGGGCCCGCUGCGGGACCACAUCUUGCUGCCUUCCUACAUCUGCCCUGUCGUCCUGGACAGGCAGUCCCACUGCCAGAGAUCAGAGAGCGACUCCCCCGCCAGCACCAGUCCCGAGGACAACCAGGGCUUCAAGUUCAACUCCACCACGGUGGACGGGCAAGGUCUGCAGAUCAGCCCCCGGCCCGGGACGCACCCCCUCCUUGUGCUUGUGAACCCCAAGAGCGGAGGAAGGCAAGGGGAGCGGGUCCUCCGGAAAUUUCACUACCUGCUCAACCCACGCCAAGUGUACAACCUGGAUCGUGGCGGGCCCACACCAGGGCUGAGCUUCUUUCGGGACACUCCGGAUUUCCGCGUCCUGGCCUGCGGAGGGGAUGGCACGGUGGGCUGGAUCCUGGACUGCAUAGACAAGGCGAACUUGGUGAAACACCCACCGGUGGCCGUCCUGCCCUUGGGAACGGGCAAUGACCUGGCCCGGUGCUUGCGCUGGGGAGGAGGCUACGAAGGGGGCAACCUGAUGAAGGUCCUGAAAGACAUCGAGCACAGCACGGAGGUGAUGCUGGACCGCUGGCAGAUCGACGUCAUUCCCAGUGACAGAGAGGCCAACGGGGAUCCUGUCCCCUCCACCAUCAUCAACAACUAUUUCUCGAUCGGGGUGGACGCCUCCAUCGCCCACCGCUUCCACGUCAUGCGAGAAAAGCACCCUGAGAAAUUCAACAGCAGGAUGAAGAACAAGCUGUGGUACUUCGAAUUCGGGACGUCGGAGACCUUUGCGGCCACCUGCAAGAAGCUCCACGACUACAUCGAGGUGGAGUGCGACGGGACCCUGCUCGACCUGAGCAAUGCGUCCCUGGAGGGCAUCGCCGUCCUCAACAUCCCCAGCAUGUACGGCGGCUCCAACCUCUGGGGCGAGACCAAGAAGCAGCGCGCUUACAACCGGCUGGGCAAGAAAGCGCCGGAGAAGCUGCACGCCACGGUGGUCACCGACGCCAAGGAGCUCAAGUUCUGCGUGCAGGACCUCAGUGAUCACCUCUUGGAGGUGGUGGGGCUGGAGGGCGCGAUGGAGAUGGGGCAGAUCUACACGGGGCUGAAAAGUGCUGGGAAGAGACUGGCCCAGUGUUCAUCUGUCACCAUCAGGACAUCCAAGCUGCUGCCCAUGCAGGUGGACGGGGAGCCCUGGAUGCAGCCAUCCUGCACGGUCAAAAUUACACAUAAAAGCCAAGUGCCGAUGCUGCUGGGCCCCCCGCAGAAGAGCAGCUUCUUUUUCCUGAAGAGGAGAAACCGAACUCGAGAUUAAGCAGCAUGCAAGGAGCUGCAGCCCAGAGGCACCCGGUGCCUGCUGCAGGGGAUCCCUAAAUCCCUGCUCCACAGCAGGGAGAGAAAACACCCCCCCUCAAGCCUGGUGGGGAUGAUUUUUCCUGGGAGGGUCUUGGAGGCUCCUUCCCAACCACCACAAGCAUCUUCUCCAGCCGGGAUGGAAGCGGUGGGCGAAGGCAGGCCGAUGCGCAGGGAGCGUGUUCGCCAGAGCAGUGCUAGGACUGGGUUAUUUUUCCCUUUAUUUAAACAACACCCCCCCACCCGCCCUGGCAGAGCUGCAAAUGAGCGCGCUCCUGAGAAGACGCUAAGCUUCACUUAUUUAUUUUUAAUCCCCUUGAAAGGACACUCGAUGUUUUGCUGCACUGGCUUUCUGUCCACCAACCCUUGCACAUUGGAGAAGUUAUUUAUUUUCUUAGCCUAGAGGAGACGGUCUCUGCCAUGCCUCCGGCUAGCGCUUCUGGACUGGGUUUUAAGCAGAUGCAAAGACAACCUUUGCUGCCAGCCCAUGGAGCCGCAAGGCGUGGGAUGGGCUGGGGACAGACGGUGCCUGGGCCGUGGGGACAAGCGCGGGGUGGGUGGGAGGAGACCGUGUUUUGAUGUGGAAAUAACAAAAAAGGGAUUUUGAGUGGGGGGGGGAGCUGCUGAUCCUGGGAAACCCCGGCGCCCCGGCUCUGGGCUUCAUGUUCAUAUUUAUCUAUUUAUUUAGCAAACUUUGGGGGGGACAGUGGAGGUCACCUUCUUUUUACGAGCCUGGGUUGGACACAGAUGCCACCUCCUUUCUUUGCUGGCUGUCCCUCACGGCACCUCCUUCCACGUGGACUCUCUCCUAAAACCUGCCAGCCUGCUCCAGAGGCUGGGAACCCUGGGGACAGACAUCUAGAAGCACUUCUGGCUUGGAAGUGUCCCCCUUGCUUUUUUACACAUCUCCUCCUGUGCUUUUCCAGACCCAUGCUCCCCCAGCUCUCCUCACCCUGGCUGUUGGAGCCUGGCUGGGGGAACGGGUUGGGGACCCAUGUGUCCCCAGCCAGGCACAUGGGGACAGACUGAGGGACACAGCUUCUCCCCGGGAUGCAACAGGGGACCAGAGAAUGGACGAAUGAAUGUUAGGAGGUGGUGGUCUGGCUGCGCGCCCCACCACUUCCCAGUGCUCCCAGGAGCUGGGAGUUGGCAGGACCGGCCCUCGGAAAGGGCUGCUGGUUGCUUCUGCAGGCACCCGCUGGCUCCUGCGGUGGCCCUGCGUGGGGGGACACCCAGGUCCCGAAUCAGCCCCUACUCCCAAGCAGCUCCCUUGGGUCUGGCGGAGGCCCCCAUGCCGCUGUGAGCAAGCCAGGAGCGGCAUGUGCCCCGUGGAUGUUACUGCAGACAGGAAAACCGUUGCUUGUCCCCACUAUGCCCCUCCACAACACAGGGAACCCUGGCUGGGGCGAGCCACCCUUGUCCUUCCUAGUGACCCAGCGCCCGGUCCCUCCUCAUGCUGCAGGUCCCCAUUCAGGAGCAGCACUCUGGCAGCGCAGAGGAUGCUGCUGUCAUUAUGUUUCAGAGUGAACGGUGAGCUGGAAGGGACAGUGCUGUUGCGCGCCCCGUUGGAGCUUUACCUCGGGGCUGUUUCUAACAGCAGCCGUAGGGCCCUGCUGACGUGGGAGGAGGUGGUGGUGCCCCAGGGGAGCUCCAGCCCCUGAGUCCCCCUCAGCCAGGGCGCAGGAGGAGGCUCCGGUGGGCCACCGCCGCUCCCUCUCCUCCUGCCCUCAGCGCCAGGCAGGGCGAGAGCAAGCUGGGGGGCAGGUGCUCGCUGUGAUCUGACACCCAGGGAUGGGAGAGCACCGGAGACAGCCAAGAGGGUGGGAGGAGGGAGCCCUGUGCCACAAAGCGAGCGGGAGCGAGCAUGGGCCUGGCCGGUGGGCGCAGGAAUCGCUGCAGCUCACCGGAGCUAUGACCGGCGGGCACGGGCACGCUCCACCUGCAGUGCAUAAAUCUGCCCUCCUCCUCCUCCUCCUCCUCGUCACCCAGGGCGGCUGUUAAUGAGUAGCCAGGUGAAAGCGUAUGGGAGCCGGGUCAAAUCCAGCCCGUGUCCCACAGCCCAGCAGCCUCCGUUUCCCCAGCCCUUCCCCUGAUGGCAGCUGUGCCUCACAGCCCCUGCGCUUGGGGAGGGCGAAAGAAAAAAAACCUCAGUCAUCUCCCGAGCUUUGCCGGUGGGCGGGGUGAUGGAUUUGAUCCGUAGGAUGACAACACACGAGGUCAGCGGCAUUUAUAGCAUCAGGUUUGGCUCCAUUUCCCUGCCUGCUUCAGCAUCGACCCGGGGUUUUAUCCUAGGGCUCUGAUUGGAAAGUGCCUGUAUGGAAUCAGCAACGGUUUUCACCACAGACCUGCUCCUUGGACCUGGUCAUGGUUUGCUGGGCUCCAGGCAAAGUGCAGCCCUCGGGUUCUCCAUGCUGUGCUUUGCCAUCGCUGGUGGCGGAGCCUGGGGAAGCAAGCGGGCAUCGUGCCCGUGCCGUGCAGUGCACCGGGGGCGAGGCGUGUUCAUUUAAGCUUAAAGCCAUGGGGAGCCCAGGGCCACCACCCUGGGCCAGCCAGGGUGAUGACACACCAGCACUCGUCUGCCAAGAUGGGCUCCGAUAGAGCCAUCCCCUCCUGAUGAUCAGUCAGACAGUCCCUGCCAUCUUCCCCGGGGUGGGGGGGGGACAUGACACACCUUCAGCCCGCUCCCGCCGCGCCAAAGCCGCGGUUCAGCGGGCCCGUCAGCUAACGACCUCCUUAGUCCAAAGGUGCAAAGGUCUCCAGCCCAGGAGGAGACACGCAGGGGCUGGGAUGCCAGCCUGGAUGUCCCUGGCUCAGGGGAGGAAUACGUCACGCAGCCGAGGGACACGCGAGGCUCUGAAAACCCCUGUCCCCCUUGGUGGCUCCUAGCUCAGCCCCGUUCACUCACCAAAGGCCGCAGGAUGGAGCGGGAGCCCCCAAACACCACCCCCCCCCCAGCCCCAGGCACCGGUGCCAGCGUGCAAGCGCCCUGCUGAGCUGGUGCCGUACUGGGGGACCCCUGAGAGCUGGGGAACCCCAUUCCCCUGGGAGCCCCAGCCCCGUCCUCCCGCUGUGUGCGUAGCUGUGGUUGCCUGCAUGGAAAUGGCGUCCGUAGCGUAGCGCGUGUUGCCGUGUACAUCUGGACUACUGUGGGCUUGCCUCAAAUAAAGAUGGUGAUGAAAUA